AUGACGUCGCUCGCAUUGCCGUUGGCGUUUCUCGCGCUCCUCGUCGCGUUCGCGACGUCGACGUCGAUCGCAUUGACGAGAUCGAUGACAAAUACGACAAAGAGGAGCGUUGUCGAUGGAAGAGAGGCCGCUAUCGCGUUCCUACGCAAGUACGGUUACCUAGAGGACAACGUAGAUAACUCAUUGAUUUCCGAGAGCGCGUUGAAUCACGCUGUCUCGCUUUUUCAAGAAUUCUACAAUCUACCCAUAAAUGGAGUACAUACACAAGUGGCUACUCAUCUCACAUGGAACUUUCUGUUCGCUUCUAGAGCGAAUCUACAAAUAGCGGAGGCUGCGUUCGCUCUGAGGGCAGCUAAUUCAUCGCUGACUUUUACACGCAGCGUGCACAAUCCUAACAUAGUAAUUUUAUAUAAAGGUAAACGGCACACUAUGUGGGACAAGCAUUACUCGGAUACUAUGUGCCCGUUUGACUUUGAUGGUCGAGGUGGAGUACUCGCUCACGCGUAUUAUCCCAACGGAGAUCUCAACCAUGUCUCUGAGAUACAUAUUGACAAUGAGGAACAGUGGAACGUGCAGCUCACUGAAAAUCCAUGGAAUAAGGAUCAUCUGUUGCACACACUGAUUCAUGAGAUCGGACAUGCUAUAGGAAUAGAUGGCCUGUUACGCUUGGAUGAUGUUCUGGCUGUGCACAACCAUUAUGGACCUAACCCGAAUGCACCUGAACUACCGCCGGUCUCUACAUUUGUCCCUCCGACGGUCGCACCGACUACGACGACAACAACGACGCCGCAGCCGCCAUUGCCACGUAAACCCAAGCAGCUACCACCUAGGCACGUGUGCGAAGUGCGCAAUCCCAAUGUAAUACUUUUGAUGAAAACUAUUACAAUCAUUGCGUAUGAUAAAUAUGUGUAUAUAGCCUCUUCGAACUGGGGCCCGCAUAUUUAUCCACAUCUGUUGAAAGAAUACUUGCGCUUUCUCCCAUCCAAUUUUACAAAGCUGGAUGCUGCUUAUCAACAAUCAUCCGGCGAGCUCGUGCUCUUCGCCGAUGGUUAUGUGUACUUGGUUUCCUAUCCCAGUUUACAAUUGCAAGACGGUUGGCCGCGCAGUUUCUCUGAGAUUGGAUUGCCUAGCGAUGCCGCCAUUAACACUGCGUUUCAAUCUUCUAUGGGACACACCUACGUCAUAUUCAACAACGACUCUGUGGCCGUUGUAGAUGAUUGUAUCGUGAGGAUUAAGGAAUCCAACAAAUUGAAACUAACGUUUCCGGGAGUUCCGCCAAGUAUGUCGUUGGCCUUCCGUAAUGCAGAUGGCUUUGUGUACUUUCUGUACUCCGAGAGAUAUCUCGCGUUCAGCGAAUUCACCAGUUUCAUGCACUCUACAAUGCAAUGGCAUCCAGCCUACAUCGAUUAUAUCAGACGCACCGACACAACCUACGCGGAUACUGAGCCGCAAGUACAUGUUAACCAAGACAGAGGAUACAAGUAUUUCGAACUCGGCAUCGGUAUCUCAUUUAAGGAUGCAUCACCAACCGUUGAUAUAGCUCUAGACGACAACAAUGGGAACGAGGUGCUUUUGUCGCCAGAAAUGUGGAAGACGUUGUUGGACAACGAACGAGUCGUCACGUUGUGUUUGGCGAGGCAGAGCGACGCGCAGCCGUCGAUUCUUGUCGACGAUCUGGUGGUAUCGUUCAGCUUGAUAAACAACGCGAAGAUCAUACGUCUGACUACAAAAACCAGUCGCAUAUUACUGUCCCACUAA